AGAGUCACUCAGUAUCUCGCUGGCCGGUAGAAUGGAAGGUUGAGUUUGUUGUUCUGCAUAUAUUGUUACCGGUGAUUUAAAAGUACCUGAAUCAACAUUAAUUGUUAAAGAUAGGGUGAUGUAACACGUACAGACGGUGCCGAUGCAGACUUUAUUGAUACAGAAAAUUGGUACUCUGAUUUUUUUUUGUUUUGCAUUAACGUUUUGAACAGUUUGCCACAUUUAAUGCAAGGUCACCGUAGCUACAUCUUUAUUAUUGACUGUGUAGUACCGGAGGCGAGCUGUUGAUCCAGCCCCAUAUUUUCUGGACAUCAACCCGCUUAUUCUCGUCGGAAGGUUGGGGCCCCAGUCCCGAGGCACCUUAUUCGACUUUUGAGUAAUGUUUGACUGUCGCUCGCAGGAUAGGUAUGGAGUGUACAAUAAAGAAUUUAAAUUAGUCCAUAAUAGUGUUGACAUUUGUUAGUUGCAAGAGUUCCCUCCUUAGCUAAGUCUACAUGUGCCUUCUAAGACAGUUCUACCCACGAGUCAUAAGGUUUCGGGAGAGUUAAGAUGCUUGACAUUAACUUUGGUGGUGCCACAAAUAUUCGACUAUAGGAAUGGGUCAAGCAGCCAUUAAACCCUCCAAAGGGGCAGUGCUGGGGGAGGUGGACGUGGGUCUGGAGGCUAUAUACCUCUUGGAGUCUCGGGAGGAACACAGCACUGUCAUCUUGAAGAUGGUGCCUGACACACACACACCUAGGAAGACGCGAGAUUACAGAACACGGAAGAUUCAGAGUAUGAGAGACGUGGAAGAGAUUGAUAUGGAGCUGCAUCUGCAGGACGAGACUGAGUGUUCCUGUUCCAGCCUUAACUCUUGUCACAUUGGAGAGGAGGGAAGAGACAUGGACGAACAGCAGCUGGCAGACGUGUACUAUUCAGCUUACUACUUGCAUGUCCCUCACGAGGUCCCUCCAGCAUAUGGGACUGAUGGUGCUGGCUCCACCGACACUACCACUGAACAACUCUUCAAGGAACUCGGAGAUAUCUUCCAGAUGAACGAUGCCUCCAUGGCAUGUAUCGAGGAGGAAGUCUCCACCAGGAAGCCGCCCAACAUGACGCUGCUCAUCACCGUUCACGAAGCUCGAGACCUCAGGCCUAAAACAUCCAAAGCAACAAGUCAUCCUUACUGUGUUGUGAGAGUUUCGGGAAUUAGUGAAACCUUCAAGACCAGAGUCGUAAAUAGUACUCUUGCACCAUCUUGGGAGUCUAAGUUUAACACUGGAAUUCCAGCAGCAAUACGUGAUACUAAGCUUACUGUGGAAGUCUGGCAUGAACCACAAGAAGCUGGGGUAGAGCAACUCAUCGGAAUGAGAGAUUUUCGGGAAUUGAGUCGCUUAGUUCGGGAUGCUGCAGCAAGUAUUCAAAUGAAGGAAAUGAGAAACCUGCUGGGUACAGUUACUGUGCCUCUCUUGGAAUUAAAAGAGCAAAGUAUAGAAGGCUGGUAUAACUUGACCAAGAGCAAGGAAGAAGACACGAGUCAAGCAUCUCUUGGAGAAAACUGUAAGCAAAGCAAGAAGAGAGGAAGUAUACGUCUGAGCCUUAAAGUGUCCACUGUAGCUGAGAAGACUGACCCACAUCUAUUAGCUGAUAAAAGUGGAGAAAAGGACAUUUUCCAUGGAGGUAAAGAAGGGAAGGAAAUCAGCAGCUCGCUAAGAACCUGGACCUCGACUCAAAUUGAUAGAUUACGGAAUCUCACAACCUACUUUCCAUCAUCAACCAAAAUAGUAUCAGAUCCUCAACUCAGAGGCAUGUUAAGGUGGGAAGCUUGCCUUAAGAAUCGUGGACGUAAUUCAACACAGUCUACGGAAGACCAACAGCUUGUUGCUGCUGUCAGUGUGGCUGGGGAAGUUUUCUCUUUCCUUUCAGAGGUCUCCUGCUUUUAUCAUGAUGUAUUUUUAAGGCAAGCUGAGAUCUCUUAUUUAAGAUUAACAUACAUCCUUUUGACAUCAGAACUUGCUGCUCGUGUGAGACCUCUUCUUAUAAAGAUAUAUGCUGCUCCACCUACUUCAAGUUUGCAGCAUGUUGAAGCUGACCGACAAUCAUUAGAAGCUGGCACACCAGUGUGGCAACUUUAUAAGAAGCUAGAAAGUAUCCUAAAGAUAGGUGAAAAUCUACCCAGUGAAGUACACCUACAAUCAGACAUUCAAGGUUUUCAUCAGUGGUUCAUAGGUGGUGUUGAGAGAUGGCAGAGGAAGUUGUUUGCCCGGGCAAGAGACUUGAUUUCUAAGGAAGUUGAGAGGGACACAUUUAAAAUAGACUACCCUGGCAUAAGUUCAUAUGCUUCCACAACCAGCUCUGAUUUUACAAUAAGUUCAUCUGCUUCUGGGUGUAAAUCUAAUUUUACAAUUAUAAAAAAUUCAUGGCAUAAAUUGGCAUGGCCCUGUGAAGUAGGAGACAGAGCAGCAAAACGACUCCUCCAGGAUCUUUGUGGGUUGGGAGCUCACUACACAAAGCUAGUGAUUGCUAAAUUAGACUCAAAACUUUGUGAAGAAAACAUGAUAAACUCUGUGUUCCUUCCUGCAGAGAUUUGCAUUGGAUUGAACAACAUUGAGUACAUGCGGCAAGAAGUAGAGGGUCUUAAAGAACUGUUUGACCUUUUAGAGGGAGAUGAUAGAGAACAGAUCUGUAUUAUUUCAAACACUAUAUCUCAGAUGGAAGGUGCAGUGCUUCUCUUCAUGGACAAUGUCCUAAAAAAAAUCAAGCCAGUUUUAUUUAAAGCUGUAGUUCAUUCCUGUGAAACUGGUAAUGAGGCUCAGCUUCUGCAAGAAGUUCUUGAUGAAGGACUUUGUGCUCUCCUACAGAGAUUAGACAACACAAACUUUCAGCGCUUCUUACAAAAAAUUUGGAAUCUUCUUAUAGUUAUUUUCUGUAACAAUGUUGAAAGUAAUUCUACUAAACGAAAUGCUGAGUAUUUCAAGGGUGUUUACAAGGUAUUGGAGCGCACAUGGUACUUUUUUACUCCUAUGAUCGUAGGGACUUGACCCACAACAAUUUCAAUUUCUGAGUACCAGUCACUUCAGAAAAAAUUGUGUAAUUUGAAAAUGGCAACAGAAUCCCUCAUAGCAAAAUAUUACAGGGAGAGAUUUGAAGAGCUGAAAAGGGCCCACCAGUCAUGCACAGCUGAACUUAUUGUGCAGGCUUUUUUCAUGAGGACUGGUAGACUCAUUGUCGAAGUUGUCAUGGCCAGAAAUAUAAUCGUGCCUGCUGGGAGUCUUCCCAAUACAUUUGUACAGCUGAAGCUAGUGCCGAGUGACUGGUUCCCAAAUGUUGUCGUCUCCAAGACCAAGCCGAAGAAGAGUGGUUCUCCAGUAUUUAGUGAGAAGUUUGAAUUUGCCAUAAGUCCUGCUGAUCAUGGGGUGAAGGCUGGUCAUCUUCUGUUUGUCUUGAAAACUCGGCAGCUUUUCCAAACUAAAGUAAUAGGUGAAGCAGUGGUUCCUCUUGAUGAACUAGAGACAACCACAUCCAACAGUGCUAAAAACAAGAUUCUCAACAUGAAUAUCCCAAGGAAUGAAGAUGAUUACACCUCUGUUAAAGCACUCAAAUACAGAACCUGGGACAAAAAAGCUGUCAGUUUUCUGCAGAAAAUGUCUACAACAGUGUGAAAGGUCAUCCAGGAAGACUUAAUUUUUUAUUGAAGACCUGAAUAAGAAUUAUUUUUAUACUGUACUGUAGAUCUUUCAGUACUAUAUCUUUCACUACUGAAUCCUUGAAACCUAAAUAUGCUGUGAUAAAAGCCAAGAAAAUGCAGGGUUUGAAGGAUGUGAUUUGGUUGCUGCUUAUUCUUUAAUGUAAUGAGAUGUUCUUGAAACACAGACACUACAAGUAAUCCGUGGGUGGCAUCACUUUUUGAAGACCAUGUAGUUUUACUGUAUGUAUUUACACAAAUAUUUUCUUUUUUUCCUCGGAUUCAUAACCUAAUAAUAUUCAGUUGACCAGUGUGAUAUAUACCAUCCUUAAGAUUUUUUCAUAUUUACAUUAAAAUCCUUAUGUAUGUUGUGAAUUUGUAAUUAUAUUGCUGCGUUUGCCCGGAUAAACUUAUAGCUCAUGGGCCUGCCUUUUUACUUUUAUUACAGUAGGGCUCCAACUUAUGAUAGUAAUGAAUGUCAAAAAAUUCACUGCAGGUUGAUUGUUCGGCACUCUUAUUCUACUUUCCCAGAUGAAAUAAUGUAAAAUGAAUUAAUAUGUUCCCAAGCCAUAAUUUUGGUUAAUUUUUUCCAAGGAAUUAUCAAAUAUUUUACAUUCA